AUGAGAAACGUUUAUGUUCAAUCAAAAUCCAGCACAUGGGAAGAAGAUAACCAUGACAACAGCUGCUACUUCCCCGAUUGCAAGAAAGAUGCCAAUUGCAACUGCGAAAUGUGUUUGGCCAGCAUCAAUGCCACCCUCGAUCUCAUGCCCACCAGCGUCCACAAAAGCACCCUCACCAAGCUCUCUGCUUCCAAACCCAACAACAAUGUUCUCUGCACCCCUAUCUCCUUCGAUGCCUCCGUUCUGUCCACUCCCGAAUCCAGUUCUUUUCAGCUCUCAUCAUCCACUCCUCUCUCCAAAUCCAGUUCCAGAUCAGACUCCAACCACGAAAUGGAAAAGCACAACAUGGGACGGCAAGCCUCUGCUUUCAGUUUCUUGAGGUUUCUUCUCAUUUUUGGACUCUUUUUAUCUGCGGACCUAGUUUUCCCCUCGGUGAUGUCUGGGGCUUUCAAGCCUGCUUUGUCGCCGGAUGUGGUCAAAAGGGUCGGUGAGAAAUGUAGCCGAGUGCGUGAUUUGAAUGGAAAGUUGAGGCUUUUGCACAAAGAGUUGGCAAGUGUUGUUGUUGGGCAAGUUUCAAAUUGCAGCUGCACUGAUACCUCAUGGGAAAUCAGCCAGGUAUUUAUUACUCUAAAGCUUCUUGAUUCUGUUUUUGUUGAUUCUAUGGAUGGUCUGCUAUUGAAUUCAAGGUGCACGUUGUACAAAUCUGCAAUAGAAGAGGUAACAAUCUGGGGAUGGCCUUUGCAAACAGCAGGAUUGCUCACCAACGGGUUCUCUACUCGAACAUUCACUCUCCUAUCAGGAAGAGUCACUCAGUGGAAUGAAGGACAGGUAGGGUAUUUGAUACGGAAGGCCAAUGCUUCAUGGGUUCAACCAAAAUGGGGUGCUUCAGUAGUGCAAUUAGACUCCAACACCUGGGUCCUUGAAUAUCAAAGGAGGUCUAUUUUUGAUGGUACAAGGUUGUCUUCUGCAGCAUUGGAGUUCCUCAAGUUUAGGAUUUCAAAAAUUGUUGGGAGACUGAAGAAAGAUUUCUGGCUGUCUGUCGCUUUUGAAGAUAACCGCUUCAAUGGAUUCACUGCAAACAAUGGGCUUAACAAACUAGCAAAAUAUGAGAUGAAAUCACCCCAUAGAAGUAAAUAUGGCCCAAAUGUUGAAAAUCAACCUAGGCUCAGUAAAAGGAUGACUACUCGAGAGCAAAAUAUUCUUCUCUCUUUCAAAUCUAAACUUGUCAGUGAUUCACUUGCUGCAGGUGCCGUUUUGGAGAAUAUUCGUCUUCUACAAUUAGAAAUGUGGAAUGGGUGCAUAUCCAUGGAUGGGUAG